AUGAUGGACCUAGACUGGCCUAUGGACGCGUUUCUGCGUCCAAACCAUCCGGCACCUCCACAGUCAGCAGGAUCGACAAAUCCUGAGGGACCGUUUGAGUUUACAGCCGGCAGGCGUCAACGCAAUGGCAGUUGCCACAAAGACGAAGUGCAUAUGGUUACAGAACCUCUGUACACCAACUUGGACGAGCAGGGAAACUCAGUUAUUCAUCCGGGCUUCUCUUCAUGGCUAUCAGCUCUCCCUGAUCCCAUCAGCCCUAUUGAGAGGUACCAACGUGAGCUGCAGUCGUACCCCACGGAAGUUGUGCGGCUGCCCAAGCGAAGAAGAGAUGAGUUUGAAGGCGGCGAUGGUGGCAAGCUCGCCAACGCUGUGUGUGUGGAAGUUCGGCCAGGAACUCCGGCGGACGGAGUCAUUCAACGACCUGACUGUGCAAAGACUCCGGGAGAGCAUGUGAAAUAUAUCGGAUCUUUCAACUCGGGUCACAACGAUAGGGAGCGGCCUCCGAUGGUGCACUACUCUUUGCCACGUGGGGGUGGUGCUCAGCGGCGCGUUGCUUGGGACAAGCAGCAGCAACAGGAGAUCCAAGGACACCCGCAACGGAAACAGCCCUCGCAAGAAAAGCAUACUCACCGGAAACUGCAGAAGAAGCAGCCUGAACAGCUGCCAAUGGAUCUUGACAGCGACAAUGACCAAAACAAUCACGCGCAAGAGCCACCUAGAAAGCUAGCACGCCUUGAUAUCCUCACGCGAGCCUUUUCCAGACGCAGCCGCAAGAGCUCAACAGCAAGUAACCGUCCCGAUGGGCCUGAUUUGGAACGCCCAGGAACUUCCCUGGGUGACGUCUUUUUCUCGUUACGUCGACGUUCCACCUUUCAAGGAGGUGCCGAUAUGAGCCCACGGCGACUGAGUCUCAAUCUCAACAAGCUUACGGAGUCAGAUCGGUCAGGAACUCCGAAUGGGGCCAACCACCGGACAAUCCAUGGCCUCUCAUCGCGCUUAAGCUCCAUGUUUACCCCCGACGGGCCUCCGCCAAUGGAGGAUGACCGGCCCAGGGUUUUGGGCCCACAGGACACCGAGUCCGGAGACUACCGCAUGCAAAUCGCUCUUGUCGGCGAUGCGACUGUGGGAAAGAGCAGCUUGAUCAAACAAUUUGUCACCGCCCACUUCGACAAAGAGUACAAUCCCACCAACAAAGACCUACAUCUGAUCCUUCUCCCAUACGCUGGAGGCACCUCCUGCCUCCUAGAGCUACACGACUGUGGUGGCGGUCAGGAAGAGAGUGACAUUAGUUAUCUUGCUCAGAGUUGGUGGGAUGCAAUUGUUAUCUGCUACUCUAUUGGCGACUCAGCCUCUUUGUCUUCCUGUACAACUCGUUGGAUAGAUGAUGCUCGUAAAAAUGCCGAGGGCGUACCGGUAUUUCUUGCAGGUCUAAAGAGUGACCGCCGGAGGCCUCAUCUUGAACUUGCAUUUAUUCCGGAGUGCAAGAUCGUCUCACGUUAUGAUGGCGAGGAGGCAGCGCGAGCCAUUGGUGCUGAGAGAUACCUUGAGUGCUCCGCCAAAAAUUGCGAAGGUAUCGAGAAUCUUUUCAAAACUGUGGUAAGCAGCUCUUUGCCACGAGUGAUCGAGAACACCCGGCGCGCCUCAGACAGACAUCAUCUUUGCAAGCCGAAGGUCGAUAUACUCUACGGAACCGGACGCAAGAUCAAGGACUUUAUUCGUACGGCCAGAGAUGAGCGGCCUAGCACAGCAUAA